CCCUUGCUGCUGUUCUUUACUAAGAAAGAUUAAAUGGCUGCUGAAUCGAUUCUUGUCUCCGGAGCACAACAAGUCUUGACGAGUUUGAUCCCUGUUGUUACCCAUGAAAUCGGUCAAGCAUGGGGUGUGAAGGCAGAGUUGAAAAAGCUGGAGACUACCUUGACCACCAUUCGAGAUGUACUCAAGGAUGCCGAGAACCAGCAAGUAGAGAAGGAGGCUGUGAAAAACUGGUUGAGGAGGCUCAAAAGUGUUGCUUAUGAUGCAGAUGAUGUGCUUGAUGAGUUCAACUAUGAAGCUUUAAGACGUAAAAUGGAGAUCCAAAACCGAGGAAAGAUGGGAAAGGUACGCAACUUCUUCUCACGCUCCAAUCCCUUUGCGUUUCGUCUUAAAAUGGCCCAUAAGCUUAAGGACAUCAAUGAAGUGUUAGAUGGAAUCAGAAAGGAUGCAAAUGACUUCAACCUUAGAGUACGACCGGAGGACUCAUCAUCAGCUCAUUCCACAUCAUCCAUGAUGAAGAACAAAACAGAGGACAGGCAAACCACCUCUGUUAUAGAUGAUUCGGAAGUGGUUGGAAGGGCAGAUGACAAAUCAGUAUUAGUGGAUAUGCUGGUUAAAACUUGCACUGAUCAAAUCAUUUCGGUCUUCCCCAUUGCAGGAAUGGGGGGACUUGGGAAGACCACUCUCGCUCAAUUGGUCUUCAAUGAUCCAUUGACGAAGGACCAUUUUGAUUUAAGAAUGUGGGUAUGUGUUUCUGAACCAUUUGAAGUCCCCAGACUUUUAAAAGAAAUCACAGAAUCAGCUGUUGCUGAUGGAACUAAAUUUGAUGUAUCAAACUUAGAUCUCACAGCACGUAAGCUCCAAGAGAAGUUGGUGGGUAAACGGUUUUUACUAGUACUAGAUGAUGUUUGGAGCGACGAUGGUGAAAAAUGGGAUAACUUGAUAAAGCACUUAAAAUCUGGCAGUGCAGGUAGCAAGAUUAUUGUGACUACACGUAGCAAUAAUGUUGCAAGGAUGAUGACUCCAAAUCACACUCAUUAUUUGGGAAUAUUAUCAGAAAAAGAAUGUUGGUCUUUGUUUCAUCAAAGAGCAUUUAGAAAUGGAGGGCCACAAGAAACCCCAAACCUGGUGGAAAUUGGAGGGAGAAUUGUAAAAAAGUGUGGAGGAGUGCCUUUAGCAGUGAAGGUCGUAGGAAGCUUAAUGCACUACAAAAUGGAAGAAGGUGAAUGGUUGUCUGUGGAACAAGGUGAAUUUUGGAAUUUACCAGAAGAUAAUAGUAGAAGAAUGAUGGGGAUUAUAAAGUUGAGUUACGAUCAUCUGCCGUCAUAUUUGAAAUGUUGUUUUGCGUAUUGUUCAGUAUUCCCCAAGGAUUAUGAAUUUGAUAUAAAAAUGUUGACACAAUUAUGGAUGGCUGAGGGAUUCCUUGGAAGCAAACAAAUGGAGGAUGUCGGCAAUGAAUAUUUCAAUAGCUUAUUAUUGAAUUCUUUCUUUCAAGAUGUGGAGAAGGACAAAUACGGAGAUAUAAAGAGAUGCAAGAUGCAUGAUCUUAUACAUGAUCUUGCACAAGUUGUCGGAAAGCUUGAAUAUUCCACCAUGAAGCCCAAUAAUGUGGAAAAUAUUUCUGAUGAAGUUCGUGGUUUGUCACUUUUUUCAGAUCAUGAGGACACAUUAAUUGAAAUUCCAAAAGACUUGGAAAAGGCAAAGAAAUUGCGGACAACAUUAAUAUUUCUCCAAAAGAAGUCUUUGGGAUGGAAAAGUAAAUACUCUGUCUCAAAUAUUGAUAUUUUGAUGAACUUCCAGAGCUUGCGUGUGUUGGAUGUAUCAAGUUGUUGGGUGAAGGAGGUGCCACCUUCAAUAAGAAAAUUGAAACAUUUAAGGUACCUUGACCUCUCAGAUAAUCUGAUUGAAGUGUUGCCGGAGUCUAUCACUAGCCUCUACAAUUUACAGACGUUAAAACUCAACAGUUGCUAUAUACUCCGAGAGCUUCCCAAGGAAAUGAGAAAGAUGGUUAGCCUGAGACAUUUGGAAUUUGAGGGCAGAUGGUUUGAGAUGCCAGUUGAGAUGGGGAGAUUGACUAAUCUUCAAACAAUAACAAGAUUUAUUGUAGGCAAAGAUGGAGGACGCAGUCUUAAACAGCUCAAGUGCUUGAAUAAUCUCAGAGGAGAACUAACCAUAAGUGGUCUGGAGGAUAUUGUAAUCAUAGAGGAAGCCAGGGAGGCAGAUUUGUGUGGGAAGCAUGGUAUUCGUUCUCUACGAUUAUGGUGGGGUACUGAAAGUAGACGUGACAAUGGCAACAAAAUGGAUGAUGAUGUGUUAGAAGGCCUAAAACCUCAUCCAAACUUGAAAAGUUUUUGGAUCCAAAACUUUGGCGGUACAAAAUACCCUACAUGGAUGGCAGCAGCUGCAAGUACUACUGGUUUGACAGCAUACAAAAAUUUGAUUGAGCUCAAACUAGAAAAUUGCCAUGGAUUGGAACAUAUCCCACCCAUGCUUGGGGAGCUACCCUUUCUUAGGGAUCUUGUAUUAGAGGGAAUGGAAAAGGUGAAAUGGACGGUUGCAUUUCCAUCGCUUAAGGAGCUAAAGCUAUCUGAAAUGUUAAAUUUGGUUGAGUGGUUGGAAGUGUUGCCUUCAUUUCCAUCUCUUGAGAAAUUGUGGCUCUACUCAUGCCCUGAGCUGAAAAUCAUGCCAAGUCGAUUCCCUUCCCUCAAAACCUUGCGGUUUUUGGAUACAAAUGAAAUGGCACUUAUAAGGUCAUUGUCAAGCAACCUUAUCUCUUCUGUCAAGGAUCUUGAAAUUAAAUCCUGUAGAGAACUGAAGUCGGUUCCAGAGAGGUUGCUACAAAACAAUGCACAUGUUCUUGAGAACAUGGAGUUCUGUGCAUGCUACAAGCUUGAAACAAUUUUUCCAAGUAGUCAAGGAGGACAAGAAGAGCUGGAGGGAUCAUCUCCCCUGCCCACACCCCUAGAUUUUCCCUCUCUUAAAAGAUUGGUAAUAGUUAGUUGUCCACUAUUAAAGUCUUUGCCAGACUUAAGGGGAAUGACUUCUCUUCGACAGUUGCAUUUGACUGGCUUUAAGGAAUUGAAGUCAGUACCAGAGGGGUUGCACCGGCUCACCAUGCUUGAGAUUUUAGAAAUUGGUGAUUUUUCAGAGAAGGAGGAGGAGGGGCUGCAGCAGCUGGAUUACAUAAAAGGAGAAGAGGAUCUCCAACGCCUUGUCUCCCUUCGAAAACUAUUUCUUUACGGAUGGCCUCACCACAAGAAUCUCCGAGAUCAACUUAAGCACCUCACCAAUUUAAUAUAUGUGAGGAUGAUAAGUUGA